GGGAGCACCUCUUCUCCUACGGACAGCAUCACCAUUUUCUAUAUCCAUUUGUCGUACCUCUCAAUAAAAUAUUCGUAACGGAUAAAGCCAGAAGUGUGACAAUUCACAACUCAGUCUAGCAAUGUCGGGGCAAACAGCUUUCUGGGAUCAUUUUUGGCUGGCCAAGUUCUUGUUGCAAUUCGCUGGCAUUCUUCCCAUCGGUGGAUCAUCCGCUUUGUGGAAGUCAGUUCUGACCGAGUUUCUAGCAACGUUACCACUGUGGGCCAGCUUCUAUCUGCUCAUCCCAGAAGUACAAUACAUAUGUUGUCAAAAUCCCAGCGUAGAUGGUUUGCUCGAAGCUUUGGUAAUUAUAUCCGCUGUUUAGACAGGACAAUUCAGAUCGGUUUUCGUUAUGGUGUAUCGUCAUAGAAUCAUGAGCUUGUUUUUAAUCUGUGAGACGAUGUGGAAAGAGGCCGACCUCGCAGAUCGUAAAAUAAUGUUGCCUUGGGUCAAGCUAGGCAAAAUCAUUAGUACCGUUUUCUUUUAUGGUGCUAAUUGUGUGGUUGCCAUGCACAUUCUGAAUACGGUAGUAAAGCAGAUUUCGACUCCUGCUAAUUCAACUACAAAUUUUUAUCCGUUUAUCCCUGAAGAGGAUUCUACUCCUAGUCUGCAGUACGAAAUCAAGUACACGCUUCAGACUAUCAUCACUUACAUCGGAGUUUCGUACAUUGCGGCUUGUGAUAUGACUGGGACUAUACUAAGUUUCAACAUGUGUGGACACUUCGCUGUCGUUCGUAGUUGGCUUUUGGAGCUGUCGAAAGAAAAUUUUGAUGUAGCGGAUGGAAAUACGAAUGCUAGUUUUCAGGAGGGGUUGAAAAAAUGUAUUCGUCGUCAUCAAAUCGUAUUGGAGCUCUGCGCUGAGCUGGAAGAUGUCAAUCAAUACAACUAUAUUAUACAAAUCGUCACUGAGAUGUACAUAAUGGCCAUUUCAGCAGCUGAAUUUACAAAGUUGCAGAAUUUCGGGUCAUUGCAGCACCUUAUAACAUUUCUACUGGUAAUCAAUGGACUUUUCUUUUCUUGCUGGCCUGCGGAUACUCUCUCAGUCGAGAGCAGUAACAUCGCUCAGGUUGUUUACGGGGUUCCAUGGUAUCAAGGAUCACGUUCCGAGAGAAUUAUGGUUGCCGUUAUGCUGGCAAGAUCCCAGCGGCCGGCAACAUUGAGCGCCGCGAAAUUCGUCGGGUUAUCCUUGGAAACUUUUUCCUCUAUAACAUCCAGUGGCAUAUCUUUGUGCAUGCUCUUAAGCAGCUUCUAAACUGUUUCUCAAGAGUCCAUUUCGCAUUAAACACUAGAGCAUUGUACCUUUAAUCGUGCUGACGUCACUUCGUAAUAAAUAUUCAAGUAUCAAAGAUAUUCGAAAUGUCUGGGUAACUAUUGAAAAAUUGAUUCGUUUAACAAUCGCUAAAAUUUCCUUCUCCUUUAGUAGGGCGCAAAAGUUCAACGAUUCUGUUGAACAUAUUUCGAGCUACGAUUACUAAUUAUUUGUUGAGGGCUUUCACGAGACAGUAAAACUAUUUUAAGGA